CGUCCGGGACCGAGACAAGGCACUUCUCAUUGGCAUGCAGUACGACGCUCCCGAACGGCCUCCAGUGGGGAGGCUAAGGACGCCUCACAGGGAUGUCCGUCUGCUUAAGGAUUUCCUCAUUAGGCACGAGGGCUAUCUCGAACAGAACAUUGUUGUUCUCAUCGAUGAUCCUGCAAAUGAGUGUAUGCGCCCGACGAAGGCGAACAUAGAAGCAGCGAUCGAAGCGUUCAUGAAAGACAUCCAGCCUGGUGAUCGGCGUGUGUUCUUCGUCGCCGGACACGGGUACCAAAUCAUCAGCCGCACGGGCACGGAAGAUGACAACAUGGACGAAGUUAUUCUGCUCGAUGAUCACCUCGGCGAACCGCUUGACGUCGAAGGCAAGCCUCUCGAUCCGUACCAGCUAAAGGAAGGACACCCAGACAGGGGAAAGCUCGAAGGAAUCAUUACAGACAACUUUCUAAGAGAGAGGCUCGUUGACAGGUUGCCUCCGGGGGCUCGUCUGGUGGCCAUCUUCGAUACCUGUCAUUCGGGCACCAUGCUGGAUCUGGAUUAUCACUGGGACUGGCGACAUUUGCGCUAUACAUCACGGAGGUCAAGUUCUGGCUAUGUCAUCAAUCCCCGUCAUACUGUGUAUUCCGCAACGCACACCCGUAGCUUUGUGUACAGCGCCACGCAGCGUACGGGUGCCCGAGCUAGUAUUUCCAAGACAUCGAUGACCUUGACGGACUGUGCUGUGUCGUCCUCUGCGGCGUGGGUGCCCGACGACACUACUGAGGAGCGGCCCCAAUGCUCUUCGCCCACGUCCGAGCGAGCCCCCGUACUGCCACAGCCUAGUAAGGGUCCACCCUAUGGACCCGUUGCUGCUGAUGUGUUGUCUAUCUCGUCGGCAAAGGACUCGCAGCGGGCAUGGGGAGGAGAGCACACCAUGCUUACGGUCUUGCUGGAUAUCCUACGCGAGUCGAAAGAGGGCCAGAGACCCAAAGUCUGCAAGUUUAUGGGGAACCUGCAGUAGGUUUGGUAUCUCAGUUUGGCGAAGAUAUAUCUGUUAAUAUUUUCAUCCAGGAAAAAGACGUUAGAGCACAGGUUCUCCGCCAUCCAGAGUUCCCUGAAGAACAGGCCAGGAAUGGUGCAAAAAAUUAAGGCUGUUCAAAGUCAUCAAUUUGGAUCACUCUCCCCAUGGGUAUGCUCUAUGAGUGCUCUUAUUGGUUGAUUUUCUCUGACUAGAAUCCAUACAGGCAUCAGAGCGCGAACUGGUCCUGUGAUGAGGUCCUUUGGUCUCGCGGUUACAACCAUGCUAAUUAUGCGCGGAUUCUACGGGCACAUGCUAUAUUUCUGCAUUUCUACUUGCUGUACACACGAAUACCGGGACGUUGGACUAUACGGACUAGGCUUCACGGACCUUUGAUUCCAUCCUAACUUGUCAAUUGUAGCCUUAGUAUAGCUUAUUUUUAGGCCUGUUGCCAGAUCAACACUGGCGUAAUCAGAUACACAUGUUAUGUAGCACGUAUUUCUAUGCGUUAGGACUCUUUGCUGCAUACUGUUGUGGUCAGCUCGUUGCGAGAACGCCAAUGUCCUCGCGCCUCUAUCAAUUCAUAUCAUCCUUUCCCACCACUG